AUGAAUUGGCACAUAUUUAUAUACAUUACAACUCUUUUUUAGCUAGCCAUUUUAACUUAGAUCUAAAAUGACAUCUAAGAAUAAAUAACUUAAUAUGACGAACAAGAAGAUAAAUCUAAAUUGACAAAAACAAAUUUUACAAAUUUAUAUAAUAAUUAUAGUGAUUAAAUUCAUAGAGCAUUCAAAAAUCGUAUAUUAUAAGACUCAUCCUCUUCUAUUUUAGUUAAUCCUUUAAAAAAAGGCAUGUAUCCUGACCCUAUAAAUAAGGAUAGGUAAUAAACAUCUUAUGAAGAAGCUGAUGCAGUAUUUUAAGUGCCCAGAUAAAGUAUCGUCAAAAUAUCAAUAGACUUAAGGCAUCUUACAAAUUACACAACAAAAAAUUCUAACAAUUUAAACUUUGUUUAUGGCGACAAAAAAGGAUGGGAAAUAGUUAUUUAUACAAUAGACACAAGCUAAGACUAUACAAAUUUUCAGUAAGGAAAUGUGAUAGCUUUACCAUAUAUUUUUACUAGAGAUUCUACUUAGAAAAUAGAUGCUCAUCUCUUUACAAUAUUUGCAUCAAAAGAUAUGUUUCUAAUGUUUUAUUUAAGAAUUAAUUUAUAAUAUUUCUCAAAUUUAAAACCUCUUUUGGCUUAAAGUUCAUCUCUAACAAUAAAAACUCCUGAAAGAGCCAUUUAUGGAUAAAACAAAGCUUUUGGAUUUGUUAUAAUGAAUAAUUAAGCUGUAAACCUUCCUCCUGCUAUGCCAGUUAUGAAGUCAGAUAACUCUUACCCUGAUACUAUAAUUACUUAUUCGGAUUUGACAAAAGAUAAAAGUAAUAGUUCAUUAAUUUAACCACUAAAUAUAACUGAAGAUGAAAGAGUUUAUAACUAUCUAAUUAACAAUGAUAAAUUUUGGAUUAAUCUCCAAUAAAUAACAGUACCUUUUAUUCCUUUUAUAAGCAACUGCUAAAAUUAUGGGGAGUAUAUUUUUUUAAGUGAUGUAGUGGAAAGCGAAAAAAAUUGUGAAUUAUACACUCCUGAAGAGACGAUAGUUGUUAAUCCUUUUGUCUUUUUAUAGAAUCCAAAAUCAGACACAUGUGAAGAUGUUGAAUUUACAUGCAUAUUGGAUGACGCUUUUUUUUCCUCUACACAGUAUCCUAAAUUUUAUGAAUAGAGUUUCUAAACAGAAUUGUUUAAAAUGACAGCUGAUCCUAUUGAUUUCUAGCAAGAUAUUUAUAUAGAUAAUGUAAAUUUUGACCCUUUAAAUUUAAUUUCUGUAGUAUUGCAAAGUUCUCUUCCAUCUACUAAACUCCCUAAAGAGAUAACUUUAGAAAUUGGAUAUUAUUAAGUGGAUUAAUAUAAAAAAAGAAUUGUAAAAGCAGGAGUGACUUUUGGUCAAAUGAUAAAUAAAAGCAAUGUUGAUCAAAGCUCCCCUUUUACUUAUAAAUUUAUUUUAAAAUUCAUUUCUUUAGGUCAUGCUGAGCUUGCUAUUAAUUUUGCUUUUAACUUACCUGUUUAUUUUAUCCUCUCUUCAAUUAUAGGUACUUUCAGUAUUAUAAUGAUCUUUUUCUACUACUGUUUUUAUAGAACUUCAAAUAUAGUAUUCAGAAGAGUUGUAGAAAAGAAAAAGGAGCUUUUUAUUACUUUCAAAAGCUUAAAAAGAGCAUGCUAUGAUUUGUGGGAGUUUCUUUAGCUUUACAAAUCCUUAUAUCUAGGAAUAAUUCUGGCAUUCAUUCCGAAUUUCAUAAUGCAGUUUUUUAUCUCAUUUUUGAUGCUAGGUGGUUUUUGGAGUAAUCCCUUUUUUAAUUGCAGUGAUCUUUCUACAGAAAGAAUAUGUGAAACCUCUAUAUUUGAAUCUUUUGGAGCCGCUUAAGUCCCUUAGUCAAAAAGGAGAGGUAGAUUAGGAUUAACAUUUAUAGUAAUUGGAUUUUAUGCAAUAAUUAGAAUAUCAUCUCUUUAUAUUCCUAUUAGCUAGAAAGAUAAAAUUAGGGAUGCUGUAAAAAAUUAUAAAAGCAAUUAAAGUGGCAAAAAAUAGAAUAAAUUUUUCGAAGCUAUUUCAAUACUUGAGGAAAAAGUGGAGCUAUUUACUUCAGAAUCUCAUGAUGGAAAUAUUUGGUAGGAUAAAAUAUGGACCAGAGGAUUGUUUAUUUAUCUUACGAUUUUAGUCAUUAUAAUAUAUAUUGUUGUUAUUUAUCUCUCCUUUUCUACAUAUUAUGGAGCAAAUAUCUGGUUUUUUACUUUUAUCCUUAAAGCAUCUUAGUUGUUUAUCGGAGAGUGUUUGAAGUUAUAUAUCGAAGAUGAGCUUCUUUUAAGCUCUAUUUCAUGCAUUAUGGGUAUGAGUACUUCAAUCUCAGGUCUAGGUGCUAUUGACUUUUUUGAUUAUUUGUUUAAUACUUAUGUUGCUCUUGGUAUUUCAACUUUUGAGAAAACAAGUUAAGUUAUAGUUGUAGACUCUAUAGUUGAAAGUAUUGGAGAAUAUGGUCCAUAAGUUUAGAAUUAUAUUUCAAAAGUUUUUUAGAUUGAAAGCAAUGAGAAUGAAGGGUAAGAAGGAGAAGAAGAUGAAUUAUCUAAAAAUAAACAUGAUUUAUUAAAUGAUAAUUAAGAAAAAGAAGAUAACUAAUCCCAAGAAACUGGAUAAAAAGAUUUAGGAAAUAGCUCUAUAUUCCUGACUGAAAACUGCGAAGAUAGUAUGAUGUCUAUUGAUUUUUAAGAUUUCAAGUUAGAUGAAUAAGAUGAUAAAAAGCAUAAUUUGAAAUAAUAAAACAGUAUUAAGCUUUUGAAUGGGCAUAAAAAUUUAAGCAGUCCUAUAGCUAAUAAUCUAAAUGAUGAUUAAAACAGAAAACUUCAAAGCUAAUACUCUGAUGGUGAUAAUGAAGAAGACAAUAUUUAUUAACAAUAAUAUGAAAAAGAUUCUUUAGAAUUAGCGUUUGAAGAAUUACUAAGAUAAAAAUUUACUAAAAAGGCAUAAACUUUAAUGGUUAGAUAAUAGACUAAAGCUAAUUCAGAAUAAGAAAAUAAAAUAGACUUGAAAUUAACUAUUACAAUAAAAAUGUUCACCGAUUUCUGUAACAACACCUUCACCUUGAUUUCAACACCUUUUGUUGUUGUUUGCCUUUGGAUGUUUUAUGAUGCUAAUUAAAUGUUUGUGAAGUGGAAUAUCAAUAAAAAAGGUAUUGUUUAUUACUUUUUGUUCAAUGUCUUAAAUAUCCCGUUUACAAUGAUGGUUGAUAUGCUGUUUUUAAAGACAAAUGAGUAAUUUCAUGACAUUGGUGUCAGAGAAUACUUUACUUUGAAAGCUGAAAAAUUCAAAUCUCGUUUUCUUACUUGGAAGGCUGACGAAGAAGAAAAAGAUGAAUUACAUUCACGUAUUGAAGGUGAGUUGAGAAAUAUUAACAUGUGGUGCUAUUCUUCUUAAUAAUUCUUUUGUCUAUUUAUUUUUGUUGCAGGGGGAAUAGGAGUUAUCGAAGGUGUGCUGACAAUUAUAGUUAAUAACUACAACAUUUUUAGUGAUUCUUCAAGCUUUUUUUUAAUUUUUAUACUUUGGAUACCAAUUUGCUUUUUAUAUGAUUUUUUAAUUGUCAAUUUAUUUCUUGAAAGAAUUUGGGGUGUAAAAAAAGAAGAUGAAGCUGAAUCAGAUGCAGGUGCAGGUGCUAAGAGUGUCAAAAAUAUUAUUGAGCUAAAUUCUCCUAACAGUAAUCUUUCUAAGCUGAAUUAGUUAAAAAAUUCUUUCACUAAGCUGAUCCAAACAAAUAAAAAGCAAAAAUAACCUUUAAAAAUAACAGUUUUAGAUUAAUAAUAGUAGGCAGUUAUUUUUUCAUAAGACAAUUUAAUGCAAUAGGGAAGUGAUUAGUAGUUACAAAAUGAAGAAAAUAAUAUUAUCACUGCCAUGUAAUUUCAAACAGGUAGGUUAGGUCACUCUAUUAAUAAUGAAGUUGAAAGAAAUUAAAUCAUACUUAAUCAACCUAAAUAAAAAAAUACACUACCCCAAUAACUUCAAAUUAAGUAGCUGACUCUUUAAAAUACCAUAAAAUCAGAUUAACAUGAAUUUUAUUCCAUACUAAAAUAAUCAAAUGAUGAUGAUAACCAAUUUGAGUAAAUGAAAGAAUUAAAAGAAAGUUUAGAAAAAAAUAGGUAUCUUAGACUAUUCUUUGAAGAAUAAAUUGACUAAAUUAAUGAUUAUGAUAUAAGUAUCCAUCAGUUUAUAUUAUCGUUCUCUUAAUAAAAAGAAGAAGAUAAAGACAGACUAUAUAAGCUUUUCCUCCAUAAUUUCAAGCGAUUCAAGCUAUAAAAAGAUGCUUAUGACUAGUUUAAAAAACUGAAGAAUAUAGACAUUAAAAAAGCAGUAUAUGAGAAAGAAAAGAAAGCAAAAUAUUAAGAUAUUAAAUCUCAUUUUACUGAAAUUGAAUACAAAGAUUAGAAAUUCCUUACUAAGUUCUUAAAGUUAAAUAAAGUUUGGUUGAGGAAAAACAUGAAGCUCUUCUUUGAAGAUUUGCUUUAUGGAGAAUCUAAAAAAGAGCUGCUCAGAUUAAGGGAGUCUAUCCUUACUAAUUUUAGCAAUAUUUAUGGAGAGAUUAAAGUUUAAGGAAAUUAAUAGGUGAUAUAAGUUAAAGAAGUCUUUUAAAAUGUUGUUUAACCUUCUAAAUAGGAGAUAGCUCAACAGCUAGAUUAGCCCUUUGCACAAAUAUUAAAAAUUUGGCUUAGAAGAAGCAGGAUUUAAAAAAUUGCUUAACAAUUAAUUGGUGGUUAUUUUUUAAGAGCAGACUCGAUAAGCUGUUGCUACUGCAAAUCUAAUUGGGGACUCUUAGUUUAGUGUAAAAAUAAAAGUGUUGAAGAUCUAUUUCAUGAUUUUUAUAAAAGAGAAUGCAAAACUUACAAAAUUGUUUUAAAUGUAUUAGAACUAUUUGAAAAUAACAGGAUAGUUGUUAAUCCUUACAUUUCCCUAUAGUAAAAACUGUUAUCUUACAACUAACAAAAUAGCAACUCUUUAAAUUAAAAUGAGUAUCUAGAUUAUUUUUCAAGUCCUUAGCGGUCCUUUAGAGAAGAUUAUGAUAACUCAGAAAAUGAGUACUAAGAUACUCCAAAUGAUUUUAUUGACUAUGAUGAUCAGUAGAAUCAUAAUUAAAGUAAUUAAAAUAAUCUCUAAAAUAAUACAAUGCUAUUUAAAUAGAGAUUUGUUGAUAGAUGGUAAGAGUAUUUCUCUUCUCAUGCUUAACUGAUAUCUGUCUGUCUUGAAUGCAAUGAUAAAGCCUAGAAUUAAUACUUAAGUAAGAUAAUAGAGCAAAGAUAAAAGAAGGAAAGAGAGCUAAAAUUACUAAGAGACGCUUUACUUGCUUUAACAGAUUCAAAAAGUAGCUAAAAUCUUCGCGCUCCAACUUUAUAAUAGCCUGAGGAACAAGAUAGUUUAAAGAGAGAUCCAAGCAUUCCUAAUUUUAUUGUUAACAAUUUUAACUUUAAAAAGGGAGGAGAAAAUAUCAUUAAUUAGAAUUAAGUCAUACAAGAAGAGAAUUGUGAAGAUUAAAGUUAUAUUGAAGAUAAAUUGAGUAAAUUUGAAGAUUAGCAAGAUAUGAGUGGAGAGUAUACUUUUCACAGAAAAGAAGAAAUAGAGUAAUACACUUAACAAAAUUAUGACCAGAAUGAAGAGGAGGAUGAAUGUAAUAAUUAACAGUAAGAAGAUUAGCUUAUUCAACCUACUAGAAGGUAAAGCACAAAGUUAAAUUAGAGCUCAAGGACAAUUAAGUCUGAAAAAAGAACUCACCCUUAAAAUCAAAAUCAAGACAAUGGAUCCGAAGCUAAUGAAGAAGAUAUUAGAAAUAUUAAUGAAUAAAUCGUAAACAGAUCUUUCAGAGUCUUGUCUGCUAGAAAAAGUUCUGUAGCUUAAUAUGAUGAUAGUUAUUAAGAAGAAUAACCAAGCUAGUUAAAUGAUAGUAAAAAUUCUGAAGAUGACAGUGAAAACAGUAGCACAUAUUAAGAAUAAGAUUAAUAACCUUAAUAUGAGAGUAAUAAAGAAAGUAAUAAUAAUCAUAAUGAUGAUGAUGAACAAGAGGAGGAAGAUGAUGAUGAAGAAGACGAAGAUGAUGUACAUAAUGUUGAAGAAGAAGAAGAUUAGGAUAAUGCUAAUCAGCAUCAUCAUGAUGGAUAGUAUAUGAGUUAGGAUUUACUUUCUAAAAAUACAAAUGAUAAAUAAAAUAUAUUUGAAUAAAAUCUUCUAGCAUCUUAUGAUAAAAAUAUUGUGAACAAGAAUUAAUAAAACAACAUUCCUUUAAACAAUUUAUUCUUGCCAAAGGAUUCUUAAGGUUCUAAAAAUCUAUUUUAGUUAAAUGAAGUAGACGAAUUAGAAGAAGAAAACAGAAAAUCUACAUAGAAGAGUAAUUUAAAAGAUCAAAUUACGGAAAGGAGCUUAGAAAAUUUAAAAGUAGAAUAUAUUUAUGAAUAAGAUCAAAUAAAUGGUGAUGAAUAAAAUAAUCAAGAGGAGAAGUGA